CAAAGAACGUGCAGGAGAAAGUACACGGUUAUUCCCCUUAACUGAAACGUCAGUUCAGGCACAGCACAUCAGUUUUCUGUUUUUUUCUCAGUUGUACGGUAUUUUUAAGGAAGCCUGUCGCCAUGCCGAUGUUCGUGGUUAAUACAAAUGUCUCGAAGGAUGCAGUUCCUGCAGGAUUAAUGUCUGAAAUUACCCAGGAGCUUGCUAAAGCCAUGGGGAAACCAGCCAAUUACAUCGCUGUGCACAUCAUCCCGGAUCAGAUGAUGAUGUUCGGGGGCAAAGCAGACCCGUGUGCCCUGUGCUCCCUCCACAGCAUCGGGAAGAUCGGAGGCUCGCAGAAUAAACAGUAUUCCAAACUGCUCAUGGGCAUGCUUAAUAAACACCUGGGCAUCUCACCUGACAGGAUCUACAUCAACUUUUUCGACAUGGACGCAUCGAACGUGGCCUGGAACAACUCCACCUUUGGUUAAAGGAGCUGGAUUUUCCCAUCUAUUACCAGUACAUUCCUUCAGAAGUCAUAAACAGCAGAGCACUAGAGAUAUGAUAGAUGUUGCUCUACACAGCACUUAAUGUAGAUUUGCUUUAUUUGAAUUGCGGUUCAUAGAAGUCAUACUCGUAAAGUUACUGUUUUUCCUGUUACGAUCUUAAUGUCACUUCACAAGGCUUGCAAAAACACAAACUAAAUAUUAAACCUAACUCUCUGAUUGAUGAUAUGGCUUUAAUAUUUGAAGAACAAAAGUAUGAACAUGAAUAAACCUGGAAACUGCUGCUUCACAUGUGUUUUGUGAUUGUGUCUGUGUAAUAUAUUGGCAGAUAUCACAUUGAAGGCUUGAUUUAUGAAAUAUAAAUGACAAUCGUGAAUAAAAGAUGUACCAGUGAACUUA